UUGAAAAAACAAUUGAAGAAACGGAAGCAAAUGUUUUUAUUCAGUCAAACUUCCUCCAGUCCUGACAGAGUCCAGUAUUUCACCAAACUGCCUGAUGCUGCCACCGUCCUGUUUUCGGAAGCGCUUCUUUCUAAAUUCAAGCUACAAUAUUAUUCUGCUUGGGCUAUCCAAAUUAUGCCACUAGUCGAUCAAUUGCUCCUGACCUUAAUGAAGCUUAAACUUAAUUGCAGCCACGUAGACCUUGCAACAGUGUUUAAUUGUAGCACAGCCACAGUAACCAACAUCUUUACCACUAUCAUAAGUGCGCUGUAUGAUGUUUUGUAUGUCGGUCUGCUUGAGAGCAACAUCCCCUCCACAGCCAAGAAUCAAAUGUUGCUCUUUUACCUGUAAGGCGGGACUUCCUUUUCUACAUUUCUCCCAUUCAUUUUAUUUAUUUAUUUUUUAUGUUUUAAAAAAUGUGUCCCAUGUGUCCCACUACUAAGUAGGUCCUCGUGGUGGCGCGGUUACUCACCUCAAUCCGGGUGGCGGAGGACAAGUCUCGGUUGCUUCCGCUUCUGAGACAGUCAAUCCGCGCAUCUUAUCACGUGGCUUGUUGUGCAUGACACUGUGGAGACUCCCAGCAUGUGGAGGUUCAUGCUACUCUCCACGAUCUACGCACAACUUACCACAGCGAGAGCGAGAACCACUAAUCGUGGCCAUGAGGAGGUUACCAAAUUGUGGGCCAAUUUGGUUGCUUAGGAGACCUGGCUGGAGUCACUCAGCACACCCUGGACCCCAUUCAUUUUAUUACAAGUUCUCCAUCUCAGGCUAAAUAGUCUCUGUAUUAACCCAUACACUAAAAUAUAUAUAUAUAUAUAUAUUUAGCUGAAUUCUAAGAUUUACUCAUUUAAAUCUCUUUAUUGUUUUUUAUUUUUUUUUAUUGCAACAAUAGAGUACAUAAGAUGGAUACAAGCAACAAACAAAAAAGGCACACAUACCAGGAGAUAUAUAAAAGGGGGUACAACAGAAUACAUCCAUUAGCAUAGACAGUGCAAUACAGUAUUUAACAUACAAUACAUACAAAAUGAAUUCAUAACAGGAGAAAUGUGUAAUAUGUAACCUAUUUACAAUACAGAGAGUGUAACACACACAAAUUACCUUUUCAGUCUUUGAGUUUGUUUAAGGGUGCAUGUUAACAGGGUCAAAAAUAACUCAUUUCAAUUUCAUAGCACAAAUAUAAGUUGUAUGCAUUUAAUGUUGUUACAGAUUACUCAAUUCAUUUGGAAAUUUUUUAUGAAAAAAUUAAACUUUAAAAAUAGGCUAAAAUAUUGUUUUGAGUUUAAAAACUCUGAUAAUCCUAAUGGAUUCUGCAUGCUUACACUCAUAAAACAAGCUAGUGAGAUUUCACUACACAUGAGUGAAGCACUUGUAUACAUAUGAAGUACUUGCACAUACUUGUAUACUUUUGAAUGCUAACAUAUACACAUAAAAAGCUUAUAAACACCGUGUCAAAUGCAUAACGAUACAUUUAAAGACGUGCUGUUUGGCAGUACAUGAAGAAAAUAAUAUACCUGCAAGCAGAUAUGGACGUACUACAUCAUGGUUUAAAGGUAGUAUGUCUUGUAGCAUACAAAUCUGGUAUCAGUACUACUAAAAGCAGCAUUUUUAUCUGCCCAAAACCAAGUGACAUUCAUUCGUUUGUCGUUAAAAUGGCUGAAAUAAAGCAAAAAUGUCAUGUUUACACUUCCAGUCCACUAGGUGCCACUAAGUGCCAAAAUGAGAGAACCCGAAGCAGAAUAAUAAAUCAUGUGAUAUUUUUCGCGCUUACUGCGGUGAUGUGUGUGUAAAUGUAGCUGUAUAACCUGAUAUCGUGUUGCGACGAUGGUUAAGUGUGUGGUGCAGGGAUGCAUAAACCACAGUGAUCUCCGACCGGGAGAGCCGCUGAACCGUCCGCGUAAGAGGUUUUUCACUUUCCCCAAAGACAAGGCCCGAGUCAAAGUGUGGCUGGCCGCGUUACGGGAGUCUGACCGUGAAAUCACAGAGCAGCAUCAGAUUUGCGAGGAUCAUUUUCUGACCCACCACAUCACGCCGAGCGGCAUCAGCCCGGAGGCGAUCCCCAUUAUGCCGCUUUUAGAGGCGCCGUUAGGCCGCUGGAGUUCGGGUGAUGAGCUCGACGAGCUCUCGGACCCAGCUGAGGAGAGUGGAGUUGCUGCAGAAGAUGAUUUUGAUGAUGAAGAGUUUGAGGAUGAUGAGGAAGAGGAUGAAGAAGACCACAGUCUUGCCGAGGAUGGUUCCAAUAGCCUGAAAGGUGAACCCCAGGGAGAAUGGUUUACCAGAAGAAAUAACAUCAACAAGGUCAAGCAAACAAAAGGUGCAUCCACCAAACAAGUCCAGAAUCGCUCUGACGUCGCUCUUGGGCAGCUGACCAAACGCUUCAUGCAGUUACUUCUCACAGCACCGAAUGGAAUCCUUGACCUCAAUGAGGCUUCACAAAAACUGGGUUCACGAAAGAGGCGGGUGUAUGACAUCACCAACGUGCUAAAUGGCAUCCAUCUCAUCAGAAAGACAUCCAAAAACAAGAUCCAAUGGGUUUGUUCAUCACCAGUCAGCAGCUUCGGAAGCCAGUGGACUACCAAGACAAAAGCUGACCUUCUUCAUCUAAAGUCUACCGAGGAGGCCCUUGACUGUCUCAUCAAAGACUGCGCCCAUCAGCUCUUUUCCCUGACUGACCUCAAAGACAAUGCUGACUCAGCUUAUGUCACAUACGAGGACAUCUGUCAGAUUGGAGUCUUCAUGGAUCAGACUGUUAUAGCCAUAAGGGCCCCAGACGAGACCAAGCUAGAGGUGCCCACUCCUACUGAGGACUCUAUCCAGAUCCACUUGAAGGGUUGCAGGGGCCCCAUCCAUAUACAUACUUGUGAGACAGAGGGGCCAAGUGAUGCUGUGGAUUCAGCAAACGCAGAAUCAAAACUUGCCAAACCUGGCUGCUUUCUAACACUAGAAGAGAGCCGGAUACACACACAACCACUUAUAUCAGAUGUUUCAAGCACUGUAGCAGCUGUACAGAGUGCAUAAGGACCAUAGAAACUCUACAAGUGGAGCCUUUGUUUCUUCAAGAACAGACUUUGUUGGCCUUGUUGGAGAGACCAUCGUGCACACACAUUCACUCUCCUAGGCUUUUUAAGUUGAAAGGAAUAUUCCGGGUUCAAUAUAAGUUGAGCUCAGUUGACAGUAUUUGUGGAAUAAUGUUGAUGACCACUUAAAAACUGAUUUCCACUUGUCCCUCCUUUUCUUAAAAAAAUGCAAAUAUCAGUUACAAUGAGGCACUUACAAUGGAUGUGAAUGGGGACAAUCCAAAAAAGUUAAAAUACUCACCAUUUCAAAAGAAUAGCAACAAUACAUAAACAAUAUGUUUGUUAAUAUGACUUUAGUGUGAUAAAAUCACUUACUAACCUUUUCUGUAUAAAGUUAUAGCCAGUUUUGCAACUUCAUUACCAUGAUGAUGUUACACCAUAAACCCUAAAACGACCGUUAAAAAUUAUGAUUUAAAUAACUUUACAGCUCAAAUAAUACACAAGUUUUAACAGAAGAAUUAAUGUAAGUGCUUUUAUAAAAUUAUAAGCAUCACAUUUCUACCUUUAAACCAUCCAAAAAAUUGGUCCCAUUCAAUUCCAUUGUAAGUGACUCACUGUAACCUCAAUUUUUGCUUUUUUUUUUUUUUUUAAAGGAGGGACGAGUUGAAAUAUAAUUUUUGUACUAUUCGGUAAUCAACAUUAUGCCACAAAUGCUGUUGAUUGAUCUUAACUUGUGUUGAACCUGGAUUAUUCCUUUAAGACAUCUAUUGUGAAGAAUUUUGGUUUGUAAAUACAUGAGUUUUUUGAACAGUUGAGAGUAUUUUUAUAUAAGGAUUAUGUUAACCCAUCUAAAUUUGUAGGUUGAUUUUGAAAAUGGUAAAUUCUUUCUUGGAUUAUACUGUAAUGUUGUAAGUGAAUAAAAUCAUGACUGUGAUGGUCAGAGAUGGAUGAAAUACUGGCACUUUUUGAACCUUAUGUUUCAGUAUGGAAAGAUGUCCUUAUUUAAGAAGGGAAUGGGUUAUUAAAGGAAUAGUUCACCCAAAAAUUUUCAAUUUACUCACCCUAAUAUAGUUCCAAACCUGUAUGACAGGAUUUUUUGCAGAACACAAAAGAGGAAGGUUUUUUUUCUUUUUUUUCUUUUACAAUUUUUAUUUAUUCCAUACAACAACUUAAAACAGAAAAUGUGGAAUCAGAUUAUAUACAAUUAUAUUUUCAUUUUUGUUGUGUUAAUGCCAACGUCGUAAAUUUUGACAGAGGUGUGUAUUUUUGGGCGAAUUUUGAUAUUUCAACCUCAGUUCCUAUAAUACAUCUAUAAUACACUGUGUACACAAAAUAGUUACACUCAGGACCUUCAGGACAAAAAUGUCCUCAUUGAAACCCAUUAAAACUGCAUUAUUUGAUCCCAGUGCCAUUAAAGCAUAAAAUCAUGAAUUCUAUGAUAUUAUGCUUUCAUUCCGGAGCCCUGGCUUCAAAAUGUUAAUUUUUUAUAUUUUCCAUCAGAUGGUGACAUUUUUCUAAUGUUUAGCCUAUGGAGCUAAUACAUGCUUUUUUCCUAUUUUCUGUUUGCUGUAUUAUAGAGCACUGCAGGCCAAUUGAAUAAAUGUUGCAGCUAAAAUUGCGUGGGUGUGUUGAUAUGGAUGUCAGAGUGUGUUUUGUAUGUGUGUAUUGAGAAAUUUGUGUGUGUGUAAAAAACCAACAGUGGCAUUAUUUAAACAAACUGGCUUUUUAUGGGUUAAAAUCCUGAAAUGAAUAUUUGGUAGUUACGAUCAGGACUGAUGUUGGUUAAAAAAAUCUACUAAUUGAAAAUGGAAAAUUAUAUUAACAGCAUAUUAUUGUGGCAGUUUUUUGAUGCGGGCAUUUUU